UCAUUCACAAGUCGUGACGUCACAGAACGGUCCAAGUAUAGCCGAAGACACACGUGUUUACGUUUGACAAAGCAGGUAUCCUCAGCCCAAUCUAGUUUUUGCCGUUGGGUACCUUCCUUUGGUGCCUCAGUCAGCACCAUGGCCUGCUGUGUGGUCUUGAAUCAACCGUCUGCUGAAGUUCCUGUGGAUGUCUCAGUCGACCAGCCCGCCAGUGUCAUUUCCACAACUUGUUCCCAGUCAACCACACUGAACACAGACGGUUCUGGGUCCUUCUCAUCCAAUAAAGCUUCCACAGAUUCACGUUCAAACAACACUGACAAUAUUUCUACGAGUCAAGCUCCUAGUCAUGUGUUCAAGGAACCAUGGGGCAAACUUUUGGCACAAGCCAAAAACAAACUUCGUAAAAACAGACCUAGAGAACACAAUCCUAAGAUAAAUGUGAUAACAUAUACUUUGAAUCAAACUCCAAGACAGCUUGAUGUGUUAAACAAUGAGCCUCAAGAAGCCCAGCUGGUGGAGAAAACCUCUAUCAAAAAGACUAUGUCACCAACAGAGAAAUCGAAAACUAGAACCAGAGUGAAAAAUGACCUUCAAACAACUCAAUCCUGUGCCUCAGAACAGGAAGAGACAUCAAAACGAACUAGAAGAGGGAAACGAUCUUCUUCAGUUGAGUGGGAUUGGAGUGGCAAUGACUCAGAUACUACCACUGUGCCUCAAAACAAGAGACGAAAAACUCGUUCAUCUAAAAAACGAACGCCUUCAAUUGAUUCAAGUUGGAUUAAAAGUGAAGAUGAUGAUGAUGUCCUGGAUGAAAUGGAAGAGUCAAGGGGAAGUCCAGGUUCAACUCAUAAGUGCCUUCUAUGUGAUAAAACCUUUAGUAGACCAUGGCGCUUGCGUACUCAUCUUUAUAGACAUAUUAAAAUAGAGGGUCCAUAUACUUGUGAUUUUGAAGGUUGCUCAAAGUCAUAUUUUCAUAAGGCCCAUCUAGUCAGGCACAAAUCCAGGAAUCACUCGGAUCUUGUUGCUUCCCAACAAAUAAAGUGUCCUGAAGAAGAUUGUUCAAAACUAUUUCGUACUGGAUCUGGUUUGAAACGGCAUAUAAACAAGGAGCAUUCAGGGGAAAACCUAAAGUUUCCGUGCCCUCAUUGUGAUCAAUCUUUCCCAAAAAAUAAACAGCUUCGGUAUCACAUUGCUGAGCACGAUGGACAACCCCCCUUAAGAUGUGCGAAGUGUAAUGCUGGUGCCUACACUGAUAAUAUGUUAAGGCGACAUAUGAGAUCACACAAGGAAUAUCCUUGUGAUGUUCCUGGGUGUGAACAAGUCUUCAGUAAUUACUCAGCCUUUAGGAAGCACAAAAAUGAACACAGCAAGUGCUUCCAAUCUCUUGAAUGUGCACAUUGUAAACAAACAUUUACUACAAAAUUCAACCUUAGGCAACAUGUCCUGACCCAUUUGACAGAAAAACAAGUUUUUAAAUGCACCUAUGAAUCAUGUGAUAGGGUUUACUAUCAGAAUAGAAAUUUACAGAGUCAUAUUCGUUUAAAACAUGAAAGGAAAAGCAACUUUGCCUGUCCCUGGUCAGACUGUGUGAUGAUAUUUAUGAGCAAGAGAGCACUUUGGAAGCACAUAUCUGUACAUGAAAAUGGCCCUGCAAAGCCAGUCAAAAAGAAAGAAAACAGAGCAACAAGAAAAGAUAAAGGCAAACCCAAAAAAGCCAUGGCCACCAUGCUAGCAGGGAUGAUGGUUCCCGCACAAGUGGAGAAACAACUUUUAAAAGAGUCAUCUAGUUUCAAAAUGUCAGAAUCUGAACCAGAAGAUGGGCCUGCUCGUAGCACAAGAAGCAGAAGUAAAGUCGAUAUCCCAUUGCUUAUUGCUGGCAGCAGCAUCCAGUGUGAUUCUUCAGAAGGCAUAACAAAUACAUCUCAGCACAUUAAUGACAUGUGUAGUGUAAAUAUAACAAGUUCUGUUCUUGUUGACAAUAGCAUCAUAGAGUAUCAUGCAGGACGAGAGUAUGAACUCAGUGAUGGAGGAUUUUUGGUGGAGGUUCCUCUCGUAGAGAAAAUUAGUGGUGACCUUGAUGCAGGGCAAGCUGGUGUUGCUGUUGAGCCGUCUGAACCACAAACCUUUGAUGAGGAUCAGCCAAACUAUCUGUUGGGAUGUGAGGACAGGAGGCAGCACUCAAGUGAUGCUGGUCCAGCUCCUGUUUUUGUCCCCAAUGAAAGAGUGCAACUUUGUGCGGAAACUAUUGUUGAAUGCAAGUCAACAGAUGCAGAGAAGGAAAUGCUGGUAAUCCCUAAAUUAAGCCAGUACUCAAUAACAACUGAUGGUGCAAGUGUUGUCAACCGUGAUUCAGUCGUGCAAACUCUGAGGAGUGUCUCAGACAGUGAUCCAUCAGUGUCAGGCAUACUGCAACCUCUUAUUGAAAAGUUAAUUGAUUUGCCAAAUGAAACAUUCCAAGAUACAGCAAAAACUUCAUUUGCAAAUAUUAAUCUAAUGGAAGUAAUGAAUGAUUUCUCUAACAUGGGGAGGAUUAAAAACCCUGCUUACAGUCCACAGGAAUUCAACAAGGAAAAAUUAUCACCACAAACUAAUUCAGCCAUGGUCAGAAACCCAGCUUAUGACGAAAGUAUGGAUUCCAAACAAGCUGGUGUAACACUUCUAGAUAAAAGUUCUUUGAGUGAUAUUGAUGAACCCCAAAAUGGAGAAGCUUCUCAUGAUGAAAUUCAAAACAAUGAAGGUCCACAAGGUGAACAUCCAAAUGAUGAAUCUCAAAGUGACUCUUCAGUUUCUAGAUGCUCUACCGAUUGCACCUGUUGUACCACUGAUAAGAUUGAUAGUGAGGGAACACCAUUUUGGGAUAAAAUGAGAUCAGCAGAACAACCAUUGAAAAUUGAGGGAACCAGUAAGUCCCAGGAAAAGAUUUUAAUGAUGGAUAAAACCUCUAACUCAUGUGUUGCUUCACCAUCGAGGGAUGAAUCUGUAGGUAAAGAGCUGGUAUGUGAGCAGAAGUUGAAUCAUCAGAAUUCUCAGAAAAACAAAGAAAAAAAACCUAUUCAUAUGAGGGACGAAUCUAAAGGAAAUAAGCCGGUAUGUGAGCAGAAUGUAAAACAUCAGAAUUCUCUCAAUACAAAAGGAAAGAAACCUAUUCAUAUGAGGGAUGAAUCCAAAGGAAAUAAGCCGGUAUGUGAGCAAAAUGUAAAACAUCAGAAUUCUCUCAAUUCAAAAGAAAAGAAACCUAUUCAUAUGAGGGAUGAAUCUAAAGGAAAUAAGCUGGUAUGUGAGCAGGAUGUCAAACAUCAGAAUUCUCUCAACAGAAAAGGAAAGAAACCUAUUCAUAAAAUACAGAGUGAAACCAAGUACUCAUUUGACUCUAGUGAUUCUGAGCCUCUGAGUGAGUGGUUCAAAAAACAAAACAAAAAAUCAGCCAAAAGGAAGGUGAUUUCGAAUGAUAACUUCAGUGAUUCAAGUAUAUCAAGUUGUUUUGAGUCACGCCCAUCCAAAAAGAAGCCAAAAGUCUUAAAUUUCUCAGAGACAGACUCUGAUGAUCCCCUUGACCCUUCAUGGAAACCAGGAACAAAAAAGAGUCGACCAAAGGUUAUUAGAAGAAUUAGCUCUGAGAGUGACUCUGAGAGUAAUACGGAUAAAUCAGAGACGUCUAUUUCUUUGCUGCCAGAACAUACUGAAUCAAAACCUUCCAGAUUGCCUGGAAUACAUGAAGUAGCCCUGGAAGAGAAACCUAAACGAUCUGGUUUAGCUUGUAGGCAACUUUCUGAGAGCACAUGGCUAGACAUUCUUCGUCAAGUCAACAGGAGUGUUAAAUUGUCCAUGUCAGCCAUUCAAGAUUGAUUUUCACUUGUCAUGGGAUCUAUUUUGCCUAUUUUUCCUCUGAAUGUAAUCUAAUCUUUACUCUACCGUGAUUUUACCUAUGAUUUUAUGUAAGAUUUCAAUGGGCUAACUUACAACAGGCAGCUAAUCUGUUAAAAUCCCAGUAUUCUCAGAUUAUAUUAGCAGGCAUGCUUUUUUUUGCUUUUUUACAGCGUAAAAGACUAUGAAUUACAGUAUGUAACUGUUUUGUUUUUUCAUUUAAUACUGUCUCAGUUACUUUUGUAUGACAUCAAAAAUAUUUUGAUGCCAAUGGGUGUAGUAUUUCCAUGUUUUUCCUCUCGAAUUAGGGUACAGAAUUUUAGUUUUAGGGACAUCUCUCUUCAAUUUUGUUGUUGUUUGGUAAUUUUCUAGUUGUUUUGUGAUUGUAAUGUAAACUUUGUUACCCAAUAGGUAAAAAUUUGUUACUCUUUUAAA